AUGUCAAAGAGGGAGACGCUUGCCCAGCCCAGUGGCAAUUCUCGUGAGGAUGAGGUAUGGGUUGGGUGGUACCUCACAUCUCGAGGUGGCACGAAGCUCAGGCGGUGGACGGCGAGGACGAACGAUGUCAUCGCAAAGGACAGCCUGACCACCAUGGUGCUGGGCAUACAGGUCAGAUGUCUGGCAUUCUCCCUUCGCCCACCACCCUCCUUCUCACAUUGCCCACCGCUUUUCAUCAUCAUGCCCUGCCUCGGUCGUCUUCGUGCAUCUGAAUGGCAUCUGAAUGGCAUCAUACCCCGAUCCCUUGGGAUCAUCGCAUCGACAACACACGACUAUGCACCCUCGACUCGUCGACUACCUACCAGGUAUUUCCUGGAUAUGUACUUGCAGGUUGGCACCGUUGAGUGUCGCUACUACGCUGGACUGGCUGCAACCCAAGACGGCAGCCACAUCAGCCACUCACAUGGCAAGGCCGAAGUGCUCACGCGCUCCAAAACCUUGUCCAUCUUCUGGAAGCUCUGCCUGGAAGAAUGGGCGCGGAUGUACACUUCACGUCAAUCUCCUCACCCACUCGCCCUCUCCAAAAGCGUACAGCUUGCUUUGCGCCGCUGCGUCACUGGUCUGGGAGGCAAACUUAGUUCACUGGUCUACGGGACUGGUGUGGGUCUUGACCCGGAAUACGCCUACUGCAAACGACCGAGGGCAGAGAAUAUUGUCAAUAUGGUUGGACACUGGACUAUAACUGCUGCUGUUGGCAUACUUGCUAGCAUUGCCAAUGCAUCGCCUUUAGAUCACAUCAAUCUCAAGCGCGCCCCGAGAUUUGAUUUCGACGGGCAAAAAGUGCGGGGUGUGAACACAGGCGGUUGGUUCGUCCUCGAGCCCUGGAUCACGCCCUCCAUCUUCGAGGGUAAUAAUGCAGUCGACGAAUACACAUUCUGCCAGCAGCUGGGCGCUGAUGCAGCGAGAUCGCGGCUUCAGGCCCAUUGGAACAGUUGGAUCACACAGGACGACUUCAACCAGAUGGCUGCGGCGGGACUCAACUUUGUGAGAAUCCCGAUUGGCUACUGGAGUGUGAUUCCGAGGGAAGGUGAUCCGUAUGUAACGGGUGCGUAUGAUAAGUUGGCAGAUGCGCUGGAUUGGGCGUCGGCUGCGGGGCUCAAGGUCAUGAUCGAUCUUCAUACUGCACCCGAAUCCCAGAAUGGCUUCGACAACUCUGGAAAAUACGGAAACGUAGGCUGGACCCAAGGCGACUCCGUCCAACACACCAUCCGCGUCCUCAACAAGAUCCGCGAUGACCACGCCAACCACCCUGCCGUAGCCUCGAUCGAACUCCUCAACGAACCCCUUGGCCCCAACCUCGACAUGAACGUCGUCCGCCAAUUCUACAUGGACGGCUGGGGCAACCUGCGCGACUCCAACGUCGCCGUCGCCUUCCACGACGCCUUCCAGGGCGUCACCAGCUGGAACAACUGGGGCGCGGGCAUGUGGCACCUCCUCCUCGACACCCACCACUACGAAAUCUUCGACAACAACGCCGUCCGCAUGAGCAUCGACGACCACGUCCGCACCGCCUGCGACUUUGGCAACCAAAUGGCAUCCACCGGUAAAUGGACCAUUGCCGGCGAGUGGACGGGCGGCAUCACAGACUGCGCAAAGUGGCUCAACGGCAAGAACAAGGGCGCCCGCUACGACGGCACGUACAACGGCGCCGCCUGGACUGGUGAUUGUACGGGCAAGUCGACCGGCACGGUUGCGGGCUUGUCCGAGGCCGAUAAGACAAAUGUCGGACGCUUCAUCGAGGCUCAGUUGGAUGCGUAUGAGAAGGCGAGCGGGUGGAUCUUUUGGACGUGGAAGACGGAGGGGGCGCCCGAGUGGGAUAUGCAGGCCCUGCUUGCGGCGGGGAUUUUCCCGCAGCCGUUGACGGCGAGGAAGUACCCGGGACAGUGCGGUUAG